AUGUUGCUCAAUAUCUGUCACAGUUCAUCUAUAUACAUCUAUCUAUCUAUCUAUCUAUCUAUCUAUCUAUCUAUCUCAAUCUUUUCCGAUCGAUCUAAGUUCUUAUCUAUCUAUCUCUUUCUUUUCCUAUCUCUCUUUUUCCUGUGUUCACGUACUACGGUACAGGACACAACACCGUGGUUUUGUCAUCCGACAGUGAUAUUGCGAGGUAUUUCUCGUCUGCAUUCUGUUAAUGUAUCUGUCUAUAUUCCUGAGUUUUGUUUUGUUUCUUUUUCUUUUCUUUUUUUUCGUCUUCUUCUUCUUCUUCUUCUUCUUCUUCUUCUUCUUCUUCUUCUUCUCUAUACACGUUUGCCUCUCUUUCACAUUGCAAGAUGCCGCGAAUUGCACCAAACGAUUAACCUUCAUUUGCAAGGGAGCCAAGACUCUCCAUUCAUGCCAACUUCUGUCAAGUCAUAUUCUUACCUCUCACCUUCGACCCUCCCCAUCUACUAUACUCUAAUAACUUCGGAUAACUUCUUAUUUCUCUCUCUCUCUCUCUUUCUUCUUACCUUCCUCCAUUCUGUCUUGCUGCCCACUCGCUCUUUUUCUUUUUCACCCUUUCCCCUCUUUCUUUGUCUCCUGUCUCUCUGUUUCUCUCACUCUCCACAUCUUCGACCCUUCUUUUACUUCUUACUCAUUGCAUUCUCUUUCUUUCUCUUUCUCUUCUUUUCUUUCUUCUUUUCUGUCUUCUUUCUCACCUUUUCUUUCUUCCUCCUUUUUCUUUUUCAGCCCACUUUCCCACCCUUUCUCACUUUCCGCUAA